AUGGCUACCAUGUCCUUUAAAACCAUAUCUCUGUCGAGUUCAAUAACAACAACAAAUGCAGCUCGUCUUGGUGAACUAACAUUUUCAACAAUACCAAAAAUAAUCGAAACGCCUGCUGCUAUGCUUUAUGUACGUUCCGGUGUUGUACCCGAUGUGACUUAUGAUCUUAUACCUGAUAAUGUAACACGUUUAUUUGAAAUUCCACUUGGUAGUUUAGUUGACUCUAUGAAAAAUCUUGAACAUACAGGAUCAUAUGGAAGCUUUGCUCGUAUAACCGAUCCUAUCUAUUGUCCAUUUCAUGAUUCUCUAGUUGAAUUACGACCCGGUGGUAGUGGAAAUCUUUAUUCAAGUGUAUGGACAAAAGCAGGACGACAAGAAUUAAAUAUUGAACGAUUUAAAAAAUUAAUUAAACUUGUUCAACCGUCCGUCUAUGAGCCAAUGUUCGAUGGUGAUACUCCGAUUGAUAAAACUACAGAAAAGCGUUUAGUUAAAGAUCGUGAACGUAGUCGACGUUUUUUGGAAAGUUCAUUAGGCGAUAAAACUAUACUAUCGAAUGCAAUUAUUCCACUUGUUGGUGGACAGGACAAACGUCAUCGGCAAAUAUAUUUAAAUGAUAUUCUUUCUCAUAUAUCAAACAAUGAAAACAAUAUACUUGGUGUUAGUUUCGAAGGUUUUCAUUCUUAUGGUCCAUCAACCGAGAAUACUGAUUUAAAUUCUUUAAAACCAAUAAUUGAAGAAACAAAAACGAAAUUGAUCGAUUAUAAGAAUAUUCUAUUUACUAUGCCACUUCUAUGGCGACCGGAUAAUGUCAUACAUGGAAUUGAUUUGGGUUUAGAUCUUUUUUCUGGUGCUUAUGUUGCUCAUAUUUCUGAUCGUCUUAUAAUAUUAUCAUUUCUAUACAAUGAUAAAAUGUCUUCGAAUACUCUCGGUGCAGAAUAUAAUAUUAAUUCUAAACAAUAUGCUAAUGGUAAGCAAUCUCUUGUAGUAGAUUGUGGUUGUUAUACGUGUAAAAACUAUACACAAGCGUAUGUUUAUCAUCUAAUACAAACAAAAGAAUUACUUAGUCGAACAUUAAUUACAAUUCAUAAUUUAUAUCAUUAUCAUGGAUUUUUUCAACAAAUUCGGGAAAAUUUAAAAGCAAAUACAUGGAAUGAUUAUCGAAUAAUGAUACUUAAACAAUAUGCAAUCGAACAAGAAAAAAAGGAAUAA